GUGAACGUUACAGGUGGAGCGGAGAGCGUCGAGCCGGAUCCAGGACUAGAAAAACAGCAGCGGUCUCUACUGUCUCCGAUGUGGAUCCUUCACAGCCCCUGUACGAGAUGGGCACCAUAAAGAUGAUCUCCUCCAGCAUCCCUCACCAGUAGCUGGGCAGCAUGGCUCCUGUUCCUCCUUCCAGAGAGGACACCAGUAGCUCAUUAGCGCUGCGCUGGAGGCUAACACCGACAUAGAGCUCCUCACCACGCAGGACGCUGACUGAGCCGCACCCCACGGGCCUGGUUAAACACACGUAUGAGCUGUAUCACAAGGACGACUUGUGCCGGAGCAGCAGCAACGUCUGACUGAGACACUAAACCAUGUUCUGUCCCUGAUUGGGUGCUUUGGCGGCAGAGCUGGACCGUGCAGCUCUUCCACAUUUAGUCAAACCCGGACUUUGAGCCAUGUUUCUUCUCUGGGCCCUGAGCAUCGUCUGUGGAUUGAUGCUCCAGGUUUCAUACAGUGCACUCAACACUCAUUAUUGUGUCCCACGAAAGACCGUCCCCUACCAGAACGAGCUGAAGUUGUUCAAAGAAGAGGGGAUCUUCAACUACUCCACUAUGUUGAUGAGAGAUGACCUGGGUGUGCUGCUGCUGGGGGCCCGAGAGGCCGUAUACGCUCUGGACAUCAACGACGUCUCCGUCAGAAAGGCUGCGGUGUAUUGGCGAGUCACCGAGGAGAAACAGAGGGAGUGCACCUACAAAGGAAAACAUGCUGAGGUGGAAUGCCGUAACUACAUUCGAAUCCUGCACAGAGUGAACGACACGACUAUGUAUGUGUGCGGCACAAAUGCUUUCAGCCCCAUCUGUGAUUAUAUGACGUUUGUUAAUGGACAGCUGAGGUUGGAGGGAAAGCAGGAGGAGGGGAAGGGGAAGUGUCCUUUUGAUCCCUUCCAGAGAUACUCCUCCCUCAUGGUCGGAAAUGACCUGUAUUCUGCUACAUCCAUCAACUUCUUGGGCUCUGAGCCGGUGGUUCUGCGCAGCUCCGACUUGGCUCUUCGCACAGAGUUUAAGAGCUCCUGGCUCAGUGAGCCAAACUUUGUCUACAUGGAAUUUGUGGGUGAGAGUUUUGAUAGUCCUGAUGGUGAUGAUGAUAAGGUGUACAUGUUCUUCAGCGAGAAUGCCAUGGAGUACGACUUCUACAGCAAAGUUGCAGUGUCUCGAGUGGCCCGUGUCUGCAAGGGGGAUAUGGGCGGCCAGCGGACACUGCAGAGGAAAUGGACGACGUUCCUGAAAGCUCGUCUGGAUUGUUCCCUCCCUGAACCCAGCCUGCCCCCCAUUGUCCAGGAUGUCUUCCUGCUGAAGGACGAGGACUGGAGGGAGAGCGUCUUCUACGCCGUCUUCACUCCGCAGUCGAGCUUGUCCCAGGUUUCUGCAGUAUGUGCAUUUAGAGUGUCUGACAUUCGAAACAUUUUCAACGAGGGCAAGUUUAAGACACCUGUCGCUGUGGAGACGUCCCACGUGAAGUGGGUGAUGUACACCGGAGAAGUGCCAGUCCCCAGACCAGGAGCGUGCAUCAAUAACGUGGCACGUAACAUGGGGAUGCAUCGCUCUCUGGACCUUCCUGACAAAACCCUCCAGUUCAUCAGGGACCGCCCCCUCAUGGACGAUGCUGUUCACCCGCUGACAGGAGGCCCGCUGCUGGUCAAGAGGGGAGCUUUGCUGACUCGGAUUGUAGUGGACAGCGUGUUGGCACUGGACGGACAGAGAUAUGCAGUCAUGUUCAUUGGCACUGAAAACGGUUACAUUCAGAAGGCUGUCAACUACGCAGGAGAGAUGUUCAUCAUUGAGGAAGUUCAGCUGUAUGAGAGCCCCGUGCCUAUUAGCAUCCUGCGCCUCUCGUCCAGCAAGGGCCAACUGUAUGCAGGUUCAGCGUUUGGUGUUAUCCAGAUGCCGGUCAGUAACUGCAGCCGCUAUGACUCCUGUGUGGACUGCAUCCUGGCCAGGGAUCCUUACUGUGUCUGGGACUUCACCACCCAGCAGUGCUCCUCAGUCCACAGCUCGUCAUCCUCCUCAAGCACUGCAAUACAGAGUCUGAAGGAGGGAGACGUCACGCAAUGUCCCCAGCCAGAUCCAGUCGCAGCUGUGGACUUUACCCUCGUUCCAGAGAACAACAUCCAGCUGCCUUGCCAGCUCCACUCCAAUUUGGCACAGGUCCUGUGGCGAUUCUCUGACCAAACACUUCACUCCGGCAACAAAUACUACAUCUACAGCGGAGGCCUCCUCAUCCUGGGCGCCUCGGAGUCGGACACCGGCCUUUACACGUGUGACUCGGUGGAGCUGAUCAACGGGAGGGCGUACAACCGGACUGUGGCGGUUUAUCGAUUACAGCUCGGCUCCGGCGCAGGAGCGGCAGGCGGCACGACUCAUGGCAACGAGGUGACAAAUAACUCAAACUCUACUCACAGUCUGAACCCAGCCGCACCGGGGCCGGCGCCAAACCCGGACACCGAGGACCCGCUGUCCCCCGAGAACCAAAGCGACACGCACAGGGUGACCCGUUUGGAGGUGGCCGUGGCUCUGCUGUCGCUGCUUUGUCUCUCCCUGAUGGCCGUCAUAUUCUGGAUCUGGAGUCAGGGACGUUCAAAGGAGUGCUUCAAAUUUGCAAAGCGCACCGGUGAAAGCGAGGGGCAGAGGCAGUCGGCGGAAUACACGCACAUCCAGAACAGGACUUCAGAGAUAAAGCUCCUGGGACCCGAGCCUGGAAGACCUUGCAGUGCCAACAAUAAUCACUCUGCUGUUGACUUCAAAGGGAACAGGGAGCACCACUUCACACCCAUGGCCAACAUUUCAAGUCUGGACGGUCUGGGAUAUAUAAAUGAUGAGUCAGAGAUUUGACUCUGCUGAGCUAUAGAACUCAAUCAAAGGCCGACAACAGUGCACCAAUUAUCUCCCUAUAGGUGUGCUACUGUGGAGAAAAAGUUUUCGAAUUAUAAAUUCUUUUGAUUGGUGUCCUGUUCCUCUUUGCCAAUUUCCUCCACUGUCUAUCAUUUCUGUACGCGGACGAGGCAGCUCACGUUCACUGUAAAGACUUCUCUGGUGGAACUUUCACUCCAGGAAACAGUUGAAAAGACAUUUUUUUUUGUAUAUAUAUUGUUUUGUAUAAUGUUAAAUUGUGAAUACACACUGUGUAAUAUAUUGAGUACAGGCAAGAGCGUUUUUAUUUUCAACUAUUAUUUAUUUGUCGCAAUGACGUUUUUCUUUCAGCAAUCAUAAUAUGUGUGAUCUAAGUCUUAGGUCUCUUAAAUAGAGUCAGCAACAAUGAACAAGUAGCAAACACUGACCUCUUGUUUCCAGGCAGAUUUCAUUUCAUAAACUGUUUAUUCAGUCA